AUGAGAAAGGGAAUAUUGUCCUUGCUCUCUUUGGCCAUUGAGACAAGUAAUGCCAUUGCUCUUGGCAAGGGAGAUAGUCCGGCUGUUGUUGAGCUUCGAUUCAACCGACAACGGAACAAUGACAUUCUCGAAAUACAUCGCGCUGUGUCGAGGCGCGACUCGAUACUAUCUGAAGGAAUACUGAAUGAGGAUGCCAUGACGCUAUAUACAGUCAAUGUCACUGUUGGGACCUCAGAGCAAGAGAUCGCUGUGGUAUUAGACACUGGAAGCAGCGACACCUGGUUCAAUAUCCCCUCGUCAAACUUUUGCCAGAACAUGGCGAAUAACUGCGAAAGAUAUGGGGUCUAUGACAAUAGCUCAUCACAAACCUACAUGUUCCUCAACCACGAGUUCAACAUCACAUAUAAGGAUGGCACGAAGGCGACGGGGGACUAUGUCAAAGAUACAAUGCAGUUAGGUGGAGCGAUGUUGAGUCAAUUCCAGUUUGGCAUAGCAGAGGACAGCACAUCAAAUCGAGGAACACUGGGUCUUGGAUUUCCUGCGCUUGAAGUUACUCGCACUGAGUAUCCCAACUUUCCUCAAGCCCUGGUGCAAGCUGGCCACAUCAAGUCGGCUACGUACAGCCUCUGGAUGGAGGAUGUAACCUCCCACAGCGGCACGAUCCUCUUCGGAGGCGCGAACACGGCAAAGUAUCUGGGGCAGCUGCAGACAAUUCCCCUUCAGCCCACUAGCGGCGCGUACACAUUCAUCCGAAUCAUAUUGACCGGGCUUUCUUUGCAACAGCGCGCGUCAAACACAACCACCAAAUAUCCAGACACCGAGUUUCCUCUUCUUGUCACCAUCGACUCAGGAGCAAGCGUGACUCACCUACCCCUAUCGCUCACCACAAAGAUCUACUCUGAUCUUGGAGUCACACACAACGCCGAGUACGAUGUUCCGGUUCUCCCGUGCUCCAUGAAAAACAAAGACAUCACUCUGACGUUCGACUUCUCCGGUAUCCGGAUCGAUGUCAGUAUCCACGAGCUCGUUUUGAACGGGAUCGACAUGGACGGAGACACUGUGCUGUGCGUGUUCGGUAUCUAUACAACUACCGGUGGAAUCCCCGUAUUGGGCGAUACUUUUCUCCGUAGCACGUAUGUCGUCUUUGAUUUAGCCAAUCGCGAGAUCUCGAUGGCCAAUACAAACUUCAAUCCCGGGGAGGAUGCCAUCCUCGAAAUCGGCACAGGCAAGGAUGCGGUGCCCGCCGCGACUCCGGUGCCGUCACCGGCUACCACGGCGGUGAAUAUGCCAACUGCAGUGCCUUUGACGACGGGGAGAGAGAGCAGCCAUGACAGUAUAGCGAUUAAUAUCCAGAUGGAUGUGAAGUUGCUUUUUGCUGGCUUGGUUGUCUCUCUUAUAUCUGUUCCUUUAUAG